GUGCGGCAAAUUCUGGGUAUCGUGGCGCCAUCGAGACCAUCCCCGAAAUUUGCUUCCAUUGGCAAACUGAGAAACUACCUUAAAUGUCAAGUGUAGUUUCUGGAGUGGACAAUCAUGGUAGUUUCCAUGGCGAACAUUUCCUCCUUCAACAAUACUGGUCCACCUCCACAUUCUCCUCGCACUCGCAGCCACAACGCUCACAAUUUCAAAUUCUAUCGCCUUAUCUGCUGCCGCGUCCAUUGGAAGACGGUCUUCUUCUCUUCUGGCCCUAGUCUGGCUGAAUCGCUUCGUYCUCUGCAGCCCAUGAGACGGAAUUUAGCCAACUUCACUUGCUCCGCUGCUGAAAAACCGGAAAUCAGUUCCACGGCCAAGAUAAGAAGUGAAGUUCUCUCUCCUUUUCGAUCCGUUCGGAUGUUCUUUUAUCUCACUUUCAUUGCCAGUGGUACAUUGGGAGGACUGAUUGCAACCACUCAAUUGCUAGCUGCAUUGGCAAAUUCAUCAAGAGCUGAACAAGUCCCUGAUAUUCUAAAAGGACUUGGAAUAGACUUCGGAGCCGUAGCUCUUUUUGCAUUUCUUUACUUCAGAGAGAACAAUGCGAAAAAUGCUCAGUUGGCAAGACUUUCAAGAGAAGAAAGUCUUUCGAAUCUGAAGCUUCGAGUGGACCAAAGCAAAGUUAUUCCUCUCARCUCUCUGCGUGGGAUUGCUCGUCUGGUAAUUUGUGCUGGCCCUGAAUCCUUUAUCAUGGAAGCUUUUAGAUCAAGUGAACCUUUCACUGAACAACUUCUAGAACGGGGCGUGGUAGUCGUACCCUUUGCCACAGAUGUCAGUUCCCUGAAUUUUGAGUUUGAUGAACGUGAAGAUUUGAAGGAUGUAACCACCAAAAGAAAAAGACUCUGGCGGUUGACUCCAGUUUACAUGCCCGAGUGGUCGGCGUGGUUAGAUGAACAAAAGAAGUUGGCUGGAGUAUCCACCGAGUCUCCUGUGUAUUUAUCACUGCGAAUGGACGGCCGUGUUCGUGGUAGCGGUGUUGGUUAUCCUCCUUGGAAUGCUCUUGUUGCACAACUACCACCUGUGAAAGGGCUAUGGUCAGGUCUUCUAGAUGGAAUGGAUGGAAGAGUUCUUUGAAGAAAAACACUUGCUCUUCUUCCAACCUUCUGCUUCCUCAAAUACCUAUACUGGAGCUUCCCAGAGCCUUUACCAUGGAGUGGAGCAAAGUUUUGCUAUCAUCUUUCUGUCAUAUCCAGCACAGAGUCACUGUAAAAGCUCCAACUCCAUUGUCAAUGGUGGACUGCCUGAGAAAUGGAAMUGAAUCUCGUGACAGCAGAAUACAGGUUUUUUUGUAAAGAGAUAAAAAGAAGAGGUUUAGCUUAUGUGACAUCUGGAAUUUUAUAUUUGAUCUAGAAUCCAAUAUCCUUAUUUAUUAGUUAUUAUAGCUGCAGUAAUUGUAUUGUAAAUCUAUAUAUUGUUAAUUGUUAGAUGAAUGUAUAUUCAAGUGCCUCAAUAAAUGGAAAUCAAGUAAUUAUACAUUUUCAUUCAAA